CACUAUUCGGUGCAGAGUGGCAGAAGAGUGUCUGUAGCCCUUGUUCGCACUUUUUAGACCCAUGUCAUCUUUCGAUAUGGCACUUACACCAUAUUGAUUGUUAUGUAUUGUGCUACCUUACACCCCUGCACACAAGCAACAUUUAUGAAAAGAGAUUGUCUAGGAUAGAAGCUCAGUUUCCCAAUGAGUAACACUUUCAAAAAGAAUUGUUUCGAUUUUCAUCUUUCUCUUACAAUCUGAUAGAAGGGGCAUUCUAUGACCAGCAGGAAAAGCGAACCUUUUAAUCGCAGGUGAAAAGCGUAGAUGGAGAGCUAGUUAGUAUCUCUUUCUCUUUCUCAAUACCUUUGUGGCCCUGCUCAUUUUUUCCUUUCGUGGGCGUAGCCGAGCCUCUUCGUGACAAUUCCGCGUUUCCUGUCUUCGUUUCUGCGAACAUCUUCGAAGAGGAGAAACAAGUAGUCGAUCUGGAGCUCACUUCGCCAUUGCUUGGAAUGUGAGCGCCAAACUUCUCCUCCACUCCGAUCUCUCAGCAGUCACGUCUUGUCUUCCCUUUUUUAUCCGACAAAAUGUUGAACCAGAAAUACCCUGAAGUCCUGGACUGGGGAAGGUAUUUGGACAAGACUUCAACCUGCAGGCCCUUCGUGUCGUACACAUGGGGCAAAGCCGCUGGACAUCCGCAACCAGAUCAGAAGAAGAGGUAGCUUUUUUACAAUUUUCAGAUCGAAAAAAUGCUUAUACUACUCUUUAGUUGUUUUCUAGUACUUGGGGUCACUGUACUGGUGGGUACUGGUCUUAGGUACUUUCUUGCUGAUCCUCAUCGUGAGUUGCAAUUAUGUUUUUUAGGGCUUAGGGUUUUUGUCUUUUCCUACACCAGGACCAGUGCAAGCUGAAUACUUCGACAAAGAAAGGCACAGAAAAGUUCUCUAUCGUCCUGUUCAACCCUUUCAGCAAACUAGCGAUGUUGACGCAGAGCAGCCAAUAUCCAUACCUUGGACCGAAAUAUAAACUGCCAACAAAUCUGCCUGGAAGCGAGGAUGAAAUAUCACUGAUGGUGAAGAGUCACUGCAGUCGUGACGGAGUCUCAAAGUUUCCAAAAGUACUGCUUACUCAAGUUUAAGACUUCCUUAAAAUAUUUGUAGAUGCUAAUUGGACUUAAGUACUUUUUCGUGUUCAAAAGACCUAUAUAAUACUCCUAAUGCUAUGAUCGCAUCCACACACGAGUUGCAUUUACGCAGUUGCGGUACACAUCAUCAACACAGGCCUUUUUCUGACAUAGAACUCCCACAACGCUUCCUCAGACAAAACACUAUUUGGCUUCUACGGUGACCACUAGUGGUCAUAUCAGGAGCACAUACAUGACAGGCUUCCUCAGACAACACCAGGACAUGCUUCCAAGUUUUUCCUCGCAAUACAACUACACACAGGACGGUCGAUUUUCAGCGGAGGGCGUGAUCAAGGGCCUAGUGCAGAGGACAUCAGCAACCGUGGGUCCGGGACACUACGAAAUUUCGCGAGCAUCCAAAUCAAAUGGUACCACAUUUGCGAAAGCAAUAGAGACGCCAGAUCAAGUGCGCGCGCGGUCAGUCUCUACCGCUGUCCCACCACCGGGAACGUACGAUGUCAAAGGUACUUAUAUGUACACUAUUAACUUGCGCUAGAAGUGUACUAGUUGUACUGAAGAAGUGAAAAUAGGAUGAAAAUUUGUAACUUAGACUACGUGUUGAGUGAUGUGAAAAGCUGGUAAGUGACCAGAAUGAGAAGUUGCUCUCUAGUAGGCUGUUGCUUUCUAGACGAUGAUGUUGCUCUCUAGACUAAACACCACUUUCACCAAAGGUAUUUUUGACUACUCGGACGACGAGGAGGAAGAUAUGUUGAAGGGCCACUCCACGUCAACGGCGGCUUCGUCUGCAGGGAAAAAGCAUUAGUAGAAAAUUUGACUUGGAGGUUGUAUUCUCUAGUGGCUGAAUCUAUUUUUAUCUCGUCAACGAACAACUCAGCUCUUCUCGUCAAAUAAGAAAAGCUGAAUCUUGUAAAAUAGUGCUAGAUUUAUGGCCAUUUUGGUCAUUUGGAGGGGAAAAUUAGUCUAAUUAUUUUGGAGAUCACUGGACGACUCUUGGGGUCCAUGAGACUGAUGACACUGCACACAACACAUCAGUGGCAAGUAGACUGCCCAAAACACUGACAAGGUUGCACAAAUAAACAUCACUGACAAGUUUGCACAAAACACUGACAAGUUCUGCACGAAACGUUGAUAACACUGCACAUAAACAUAGGGCUGCAGCUAGUUGUACUGCUCACAUGAAUUAUUACAAGAAAAAGUGUACCGAAGAAGAGGC